AUGGAGACCGUCAAGCAAGCCGCCAACUACGUCGCUGAGACCGUCCAGGGCACUGGAGCUGAGGCUUCCAAGGAGGCCAACAAGGGCGUCGCUAAGAGCAGCGAUGCCAAUGUCUCUACCCGCGCCAGUGCUGCCAAGGACGCAAUCUUCGACAAGAAGGACGAGCUUUCCCAUAACACUAAGGCCGAUGUCCACAAGGAGGCUGCCAAGAACUAA